UCAACAAUGAGCGUUCUUGAGCAAAAGCAACGACACUUCCUGUCAGCGACCAAAUACGCUGUAGUCGGCGCAGCCAACGACACCACUAAAUUUGGCUUCAAAGACUUGAAAUGGUUGCACGACCUAGGAAAAGACGUCGUGGCCGUGAAUAUCAAGCCAGAGAAGGUUCUAGGGCACGAAUGCUACGAAUCAUUAGCCCAACUCCCCGAUCCUACACACACUUCGGUCGUUAUCGUCGUCCCUCCCAAGGCGACACUGGAGGUGUUGAAACAGGCUGCAAGUCUGGGUGUAUUUGCCUUCUGGUUACAGCCUGGCACCGAGGACGACGAUGUUGUCAAGUUCAUCAAGGCCAACCCUGCAUUGGACGACAUAUCGCUGUACGACACCCCGCUACAUCAGUCCCCAAGCAACAGCAAAGGGCUGCUAAGCCCGCGCGUUGUUCGUCCACCCAUCCGGCAGGACACUGGCCCACCCUGUAGUGGUCUGAUUCCCCAAGGCAACAAAAUGCUUAACAUGGCUGGCCCGUUGAAAGUUGCCCCCGCCACCCCCGUCAAAGUUGACGCCGAUGCCGCUCCUUCGGAACCAGACCAAGUCGAAGAUAGUAUCCCUUCCUCACCAGUCAGCGACACAUCCACCACGCCUACAUUGAUCGCGGACAAUGUUGUGGCUGGCGUAAAACGGCCAGUUCCGUCAAGGACACCGACGCCACAACCCCGGGCCAGAAAAUCACUGAAAACAAGCGAUUUCGAUAAAACGGGGCACAACAUCGACCUUGGCGAUGCGAUGCCCGGGCUAGCUUGA